CAUGCUACCAAGAGAGUAGAUCAACUCUUGUCUUGAUGCUACCUGUACCUACGACUCGAUCGAGCCACAACUGGCUGAGAUUCUUGCUCAUUCUUCUAUUUUCUAAGCUUGAGUGUGAGGACUGACGGAUAUCCGUGCAGUAAUCUGCCUUGGUAAACUGUAGUGUAUCAGGGACGGGCUUUGGACUUGGAGAUCAGCUGGCUGUGCCAGGGCAUCGCGGUGUCGAUCCCCUGCGAUCGGGCGCGAGGCGACUGACUGUUCUACUACUACUAGUACAUGUACUACACUUCUCACCGGCCAGUGCCACGCACCUGGACUAGUCAGUCCCGAUCAAAGCGAUAAUCCCUACUGCGCAUCUAAGAUCUUUGUGGCCUCUUCUCUCUGCCUUUCUUGUCAACCGAGUGACGAUUAACAACAGCAAUGGAUGGCCAGGAAAAUAAAGUGUACGACACGAAACACCCCACCGGCAUCUCAACAAGUGUACCAAUAGUAGGCUCUGCAAACCCAGGCAACCCAGUGGCAUCCGUUGGUGAAAUAGAAAUACCCGAAGCAUCUGAGUGGUAUCAGAAAGGCACAGCUGCCGCAAGCCAACAUCCAAUGUACCGGACUACAACGGCCACUGCCUAUGGGGCAAGACACAACACAGUGGAGUUUCUACCAACUUCUCACCAUGGCAAGAAUAACGGCUUUUCCCAGCAUUUGGCAGGUGCUGGAAUGUAUCGUGAUAAGGGACUCAACACGACCACGGAUAAAAAGUUUCUUUGCCAGCCCAGUACGUAAGCAGUCUGUGCCACUUCAUCCCUUCACUAGGAGCAGACACUAUUGUAGCUGUUACGUUACCGACCUAUUCCCCCACCACCCCCUCCCUUUCCAGUGUGUGUGUGUGUGUGUGUGUGUGUGUGUGUGUGUUGCCAAAUACAGAGUAGAACAAGUCCCUUCCCAAGAGGUAACUAUUUGACUUCAAGUCUCUAACAUGUGGCAAAUUGAUUGUUAUUCCUUGUAACCUGGCGGCAGUAUUUUCCAUGUGAGUGCUCAUACUUUCCUCGGGCUAUGCAACGUAAUUACACGGUUCUGCUUUCAAGGUCAUACAUAAUCUCUCCUCACAGUCUCCUCUUGAAUUUAAAAGUCUAACAGCGUUCACAUCAAUACUCAACUUAUUCUUUUGCUCACUGAGCAAUACAAUCUUUCCAUUCUCUUUCUUCUGUUUUCUUUUUCAACUCAAUCCUCCCUACCCAAUCUCCCUUUGGUGCGUCCAUGGAGCCAUGAAGCCGAGACCUCUGGUCGGCGGAGCUUAAUGGGCUCCACCACCACACUCCAUUAGUCACCUCCAGUGUCUGGAGAUAUUAUGUGGAUUUUGUGGAAAAAAAAAGAAAAAAGGUACUUUGAAGUACAUGUACAUAUUGUUCCA